AUGGCAUCGGCGGCAGAGGUCAAACUCCUCACGCUCCUCAACGUCAGCGCUGUUAAGCGCCCACGCGAGCUCGACCUCCCCGGCGGUUUCCGCUCUCCCGCCACAAGCAGACCACAAAGCCAAUCUGGAUCUCCUGCACCCAUCUCGGAGCCGCAACCCAAGCGGAGGCGGAGUGUCGUCUUCGGCGGCGAAGUCGGGCCCAGUGGUAGCGCGUACGGCAAGAAGCGCUCUAAGAAAGAGUCAAAGUUGACCGUUGCGGAGGAGCUCGAGAAUGGCGAUGAGAACGGCGACGCCGAGGUGGAUGACGACGAGGAGACGGCCGAGGUCGAGAUCGACAGCGAUGACGAGGACGAGGACACGUUCCUGACGCACUUUGGCCCGGAGCCCAAGCUGCUGUAUGGCGACGUCGACCUCGUCGGAGCCGCGGAGGAGGGGCAGUGGGAGACGUCGCGCGCGAGCGUGAGCGGUUUGGGGAGGGUGGUGGAGCAGCGGCCGGCUGGCGGGUCGCGGGCGGAGGGCAAGGCGAGGCUCGUUCCAACGAUCGCAAAGGCGAUGAAGGCUUCGCCGGCGCUUGCUUCGACCCUCCUCUCGCAUCUCGGCGCGUACUCGGACCUGUACGCACACAGCAUGGACGGCGAGGCGGACGGGAGCGAGAGUGCGCCCUUUGCAGCAGGGACGCACGAUGCGCUGCGCGCGGCGGCUGCGGCGCACGCUAUGAACCACGUGCUCAAGAACCGUCGGCGUAUCGUCCGCGGCAACGAGCGGCUCGCACACGCCGCUGCUGAGGGCAAGGUUAUUGAGGAGCCUCGCGAUGGAUCCUUUACCCGACCCAAGGUCCUGAUCCUCCUUCCGACACGUGCCGCCGCGCUCCGAUGGGUGACGCAGUACCUCUUCCCCCUUGCUGGAGAGGGUACGCAGAUCGAGAAUCGGCGUCCGUUCCUGGAGUCGUUCGGGCUGCCCGAGGGCGUCGAGGACCCGCUAGCGACCGGCGACUGGCCAGCAGACCACCUCGAGAACUUCCGCGGCAACACGGACGACAAUUUCCGCUUCGCACUCAAGAUUACGCGCAAGGCAUGGCGCGUUGUCAUGCCGCCUACCAAUGAGGCCAAGCUCAAUGACUCGGAUAUCAUCAUUGCGUCCCCGCUGGCCAUCAAGAUGGGUGCCGAGCGCGAGCGCACCACCGACUACCUCUCCUCGAUUGAGGUGUGCGUCGUCGAUGGGGCCGACGUCAUGGCCAUGCAGAACUGGGACCACGUCCAGUUUGUGUUCAAGCACCUGAGCGAGGUGGCUGCGCAGUCGCACAACACGGACAUCACCCGCCUCAAGCUCUGGUACGCUGAAGAGAAGGCAAAGUACCUCCGUCAGACCGUGCUGUUGUCGCGGUACGACAUGCCUGAGACGCGUGGGUUGUUCCACCACGCGUGCCACAACGUCGCGGGCAAGGUGCGCGUCGACGCCGCUGCCGGCCUCAAGGGCGUGCUGGACCGGGUACGGCCGGGCGUGCGGCAAGUGUUUGAGCGCUUUGACGCAGAGGAAAAGGCACUUGGCGCUGAGGCCGGCGUCGAGGAGGUCGAUAAGAGGUUGGAGUGGUUCACAAAGAAGACCAUCCCGGCCCUCCUCCGCGCCGCCGGCAGCCGGACACAGACGCUCGUUGUCGUACCCUCCUACUUUGACUUUGUGCGUGUGACGAACCACCUCCGUAAGACCGGGACUGUGACCUACGCCGCCUUGAGCGAGUACUCGUCCAACUCUGAGAUCUCUCGCGCCCGCACCCAAUUCUUCAAGGGCAAGCGCGCCUUCCUAAUCGUAACCGAGCGUUUCCACUUCUACAGGCGCUACCGCCUGCGUGGAGCCCGCACGCUCGUCUUCUACUCCCUACCUGAACAUGCGGCAUUCUACGCCGAGUUCCUCGCCAUGCCAUUCGUGGCUGCCCGCGGGGCUGGUGAAGUUGACGAAGACGUUGACCCCGCCGACGUACGCGCACACACCCUCUUCAGUAGGUUUGAUGUGCUCCGUCUCGAGCGGGUCGUGGGACACACGGACGCGCGCAAGAUGCUGGCCAGUGGAGAGGCGCGUUUCGAGUUUAUCUAG